AUGCGUCACGGCGUGCGGCGCGCGGUGUGGCCGGCGUGGGUGCGCGCGGCGGGCAGCGGGAUCCGGCCGCCGCCCCGCGGGGAUAUGGCCGAGCCGGGACCCGGCCCCAACCGAGCCCGGGAGGAGGAGCCAGGCCCCGCCGGCAAGGAGGAGGAGGCGGCGCCGGCUCCUAAGAAGCGGCGCCUGGCGGGCGGCGAGCGGUACGUGCCGCCGCCGCGGAAGCUGAACACCGGCGUGAGCUUCGGCGCCGAGCACUUCGCCGAGACCUCGUACUACUUCGAGGGCGGCCUGCGCAAGGUGCGCCCCUACUACUUCGACUUCCGCACGUACUGCAAGGGGCGCUGGGUGGGCCGCAGCCUCCUGCACGUCUUCGGCACCGAGUUCCGAGCGCAGCCCCUCGACUAUUACCGCGCCGCCGCCCGCGCCGGCCGCCUGCGCCUCAACGAGGAGCCCGUGCGGGACCUGGACAUCGUGCUCAAGAACAACGACUUCCUCAGGAAUACUGUGCAUCGGCACGAGCCGCCAGUCACGGCCCAGCCCAUCCGCAUCCUGGCAGAGGAUGAGGAGGUGGUGGUGGUGGACAAGCCUUCAUCCCUGCCCGUCCACCCGUGUGGCAGGUUCCGGCACAACACGGUCAUCUUCAUCCUGGGCAAGGAGCACGGCCUGCGGGAGCUGCACACCCUGCACCGCCUGGACCGCAUGACCUCGGGCGUGCUCAUGUUCGCCAAAACCGCGGCCGUGUCCAAACGCAUCGACGAGCAGGUCCGGCAAAGGCAGCUGGAGAAGGAGUACAUCUGCCGGGUGGUGGGGGAGUUCCCGGAGCACGAGGUGGUCUGUGAAGAGCCCAUCCUGGUGGUUUCCUACAAGGUGGGCGUGUGCCGUGUGGAUCCCAAGGGGAAGCCCUGCCAAACCCUUUUCCAGAGGCUCAGCUACAACGGCAGCAGCAGUGUGGUGAGGUGUCUGCCACGCACGGGCCGCACGCACCAGAUCCGCGUCCACCUGCAGUUCCUGGGCCACCCCAUUGUCAACGAUCCCAUCUACAACAUGGAGGCGUGGGGCCCCGACAGGGGAAAGGGUGGCAAGAUCGGGAAGACGGAUGAGGAGCUCCUGAAGGCAUUGGUAGAGGAGCAUCGUUCCAAACAGAGCCUGGAGGUCUUGGGUAUUGGGGAAGAGGACUUGAACUGCAGCAGUGAAAGUAAAGACUGUGGGAAUUCAGGUGACUGCACAAAGUCUGUGGAGGCUGAUCCUAUAAAUGGGAGUUCCUGCCCUGCCGAGGACAAGAAGGAUCCAGAGAGGGACGACGUAGCAGCUUGUCCACUGAACUCUGAUAUCAACCUGGAAAUGCUUGAUAAGGACAAAGAGCUCAGUUUGUGUGGGAAUCAGGAUGGGCAAGCGGGGGAGAAGGGUUGGGAAGAGAAGGACCCUUUGUGUGUGGAGUGCAGGACAAGCAGGCGGGACCCGUCUCCCAAGGAGCUGGUGAUGUUCCUGCACGCCCUGCGCUACAAGGGCACGGACUUUGAGUACUGCUCCAGCAUGCCCGAGUGGGCCAUGGAGGACUGGGAGGAAUGACCAGGACACCUGGCACCUGCGGGCACUGCUGGCCGGGACAGCGGCGUGCAAAGACCAAAGAUUGACUUUUCAUUGUGGUUGAGGUGUACCAAGUGUGCCUUGAGCUGAGGUGGGGCUGGAGAACUAUCCUGGUUCCCACAGAUAAAAAUGAGCAGGGAAACAAGGCUAAAACAAGAGUUUUAUGUUGCCCCUCAGUGGACUGGCACUUGAGGGCAGCAAGGACCAAAGUCUGCUUGGCACAGGCAGCUUUGCCUUCACCUCAACGGAUUCUGGGUCAAUUAUCCAUAUGGAUAAGGGAGUGCAUGCACUAAAAGUUGAAAACUGAUUUUUCUUUCAGCCUGCCGUGUUCUUGUGUCUUACAGUAAGAGCUGCUGGAUGUCAUGUCAUAAAAAAAAUGGUUUUACUAUAUUUUAUUGUCAGAUUGAUUUCAAAAUUACAAGAUUACUCCUGAGAACACUGUGAGGUAAAACCAGAACACUGUGAUCUGUUUUGUGCCUGCUGUUUGUCAGCAAAAUCCACUUGCCUUUGAAAUUACCAAUAUACAUUCAAAUAAUUACUUAAUUUAGUAGUUCUGGGUGCAGGCAUUUGGCUUGAUUUUGGAGGUACUGUUCCCCAGAUUUUGUCUUGAAGAGAUUUUUGAAUACUUCAGGAUGACAGUCGGCUUUCAAGAAAAAAGCAGUGUUAUGAAGCAUAAGACUUUUUAAAAAUAAUUUUAUAUGAAUGAUAAAUAUCACCGUAGUUCUUAUUUUCAUCAAUGUUUACACAGUUGUUUCUUGGAUUCUGGGAAGGUUUUUAUAUUAAUUCUGGAGAUGUCAGGUUGGCUAGCCCACAGGAAUUAGUGCCUUCAUCCUAAAAUCACUUGAUGAUGUCACUAGAGUCAGGACAUGGCUGCCAAAUCACAAAAAACCAUUGCUUGC